CAAUACCUUAACCGACAAGAAAAAGCUGCUUGAAAAAAGGUCUCUCUUGCUCUUCUUCCCGGCACACAGAAACCAACUGAAACUAGCAAGCAAGCAAACAUGGGCGGCGGCGGCGGCGAAGAUAUGCCUCUCGGUUUCACCCCCGCGGAAGAAUCCUCAGUGGAACAAAAUUCUUUGCAAUCAUCAUCAUCAUCUCCUCCCGGGUCCUUCUCUUUUCAAAGAUUUCAAGAGAAAAAUGAGGGUGGAACUAUGGAUGGAGAGUGUGGGUCGGUGUAUGAAGGAUCUAGAAUUCCUUCAAGUUUUUUGGAACUUCAAGCCAACCAGAAGAAGUUGAGUACUGCUUACAUGGAAGUCUUGCAGAGUUAUCAUCAGUUGAAGGAUAGAAGCAAGAGCUUGGAGGAAGGAAAGAGCAAAAUCUUGAGUUAUACUCCUGGAGGAUGGAUGGAGAAUGUGAUUGGCAUGAAAUUGAGUGACUUUGAUGUGCCAAACACAACAGUCCUCCUCGUAAUCGGUCCAAAGGGAUCUGGGAAAAGCAGCCUUAUAAAUAGAAUUUCCAAGGUGUUUGAAGAUGACAAGUUUGCAUCUGAGAGAGCUCAAGUAUCAUAUAACUCAUCUGCUGCAGAUGGAACCUACUUCCUUCAGGAAUAUAUGAUCCCAAGAGGUUCAACUUCUUUCUGUCUUUAUGAUACCCGUGGUUUGUCCUAUGACUCAUAUGAUAGCGCUAAAAUGCUCAAGAAUUGGAUCACAAAAGGUGUUCAUCAUCGGGAGCUCAUUAUUAGGCCAUCAGAUAAUUCACAUUUGAGGAACAAAAUGAACUGCAAAGCUCGUGGGAAUGGUUGUCAGUCCAAGGAAACCAGGAUGGUUAACUUUGUCAUAUUUGUUGUUGAUGGGCUUGCAGUUCUGAAAUCCAUGGAUAAUCUUGUAGACGGAGGGAAAAAGUAUACACAGAUGAUUGCUAAAACUUUUGACUGCCCAUAUAUAUCGUUUAAUGAUGAUAAACCUGUGGUUGUUGUUACGCAUGGUGAUUUACUUUCACUCAAUGAUCGUGCCCGAGUGCGUGUUCAUUUGGGGGAGCUGCUGGGUAUCCCCCCUGCGAAACAAAUUUUUGACAUUCCAGAAAGCCAUGAUCCAGUAACUGAAUUGACAAUAGUUAACAUGCUGCAUUAUUCCCUGGAGCAUGCUGAUAAAAAUCUUCCUCACCAACGCCAGAUAGCUAAAAAGGUUCGUAGUUUAAGCCUCUCCUUGUAUAUCUCUCUCUUCUUCAUUCUUGCAAUUGCCAUCAUAUCAAUCUACAUACCGCCCUUGCUUAUUCAACACCCCCCUAUACCAAAAGCUCAUGCUGAUCUCCCUCAAUCAGACGCUCUGGUAGAUCCCCCCUUGUCAGAAGCUCCUGUUAACGUGGAUCCCCGUAACUCAGAAGCUCUUUUAGAUCCCCCCAAAUCAAACGUUCAAGUGGAUCCCCCUAAAUCAGAAGCUCUUGCAGAAUCCCCCAGAUCAAAAGUUCAUGCUGAUCCCCUUAUGUCAGAAGUUCCUGUUAAUGUGGAUCUCCCUAAAUCAGAAGCUCGUCGUUUAGAUACCCCAAAAUCAGAAGCUCUACGUUUAGAUCCCCCCAAAUCAAACUUUCAAGUGGAUCCCCCUAAAUCAGAAGCUCUUGCAGAAUCCCCCAGAUCAAAAGUUCAUGCUGAUCCCCUUAUAUCAGAAUUUCCUGUUAAUGUGGAUCCACCUAAAUCAGAAGCUCUUCGUUUAGAUACCCCCAAACCAGAAGCUCUUCAUUUAGCUACCCGCAAAUCAAAAGCUCGCGUGAAACCCCCUAAAUCAAAAGCUCGCGUGGAUCCCCCUAAAUCAAAAGGUCUUGCCAAUUCCCAUCAAUCAGACGAUCAAAUUGUAGAUUGGCCUUCUGUCAGGCACUUGUGGUUAGACGAGAAUUAAAUGUUAGCUGCUGCUCUGCUUGUUUGAUGUGCAUUGGCCAUACUUUGAGGACUUCUUUGUACAUAUAUAAGUGGCUUUGCAGACUAAGAAAGAAGCAAGCCAGCUUCGAAAUGGAUAACUUGUGUCACAGUGAGUUUUUGUUGUAUUUGUGUAAAUUAUACCAGACCUGAUGAAUAAGGGGUCGCAGCCCAGCUCAUUGAAAUGUUGUUUUCAUAUUUCAGGAAGGCAUAUCUAAUUUUCAUUUUGCA